AUGGCUCGUGCUCUUUGCGUGGGCCUCAUGUUUGGCGCCGCCGGCGCUGCCGUGCACCCGGAGCGCGCGGCCAUGAUCGAGGAGAUCCAGCGGACGUCGAACGUCCUGUGGACCCCGGGGGUCGUGGAGCGCUUCGCGGCGGAGAAGCCGGGCGUCUCGAAGAUCUACGGCGUCAAGGGCAACGUGAGCGAGGCCAUCCAGAAGGCCAUCGCGCGCGGGGAGAUCGAGCGCCUGUUGCUGGUGGAUGAUGGCGAGGAGGUGCCAGAGAACUUCGACUCGGCGGAGCAGUGGCCGGAGUGCGCCAAGAUGAUCAACGACAUCCGGGAUCAGUCCAAUUGCGGGUGCUGCUGGGCGUUUGCCGGAGCAGAGGCGGCCUCGGACCGCAUGUGCAUUGCCUCCAAGGGGAAGACCAUGGUGCCCAUCUCCGCGCAGGACGUGUGCUUCAACGCAAACCCCGACGGCUGCGACGGGGGCAUGAUCGAUACCCCCUGGAGCUACAUCAAGCGUUCCGGGGCCGUGAGCGGUGGCCAGUACAAGGGCACUGGACCCUUCGGCCAGGGCCUCUGCAGCGACUUCUCGCUGCCCCACUGCCACCACCACGGGCCGCAGGGAAAGGACCCCUACCCCGCGGAGGGCAAGCCGGGCUGCCCCUCCGAGAGCUCCCCGCCGGGGCCCACCAAGUGCGACGGGAGCGCCAAGGCGCCCCACGACGACUUCCAGAAGGACAAGUACAGCUACAAGGGCACCACCCAGUCGGCCUCCGGGGAGAAGGCCAUCCAGAAGAUGAUCAUGAUGGGAGGGCCCGUGGAGACCGCCUUCACGGUGUACUCGGACUUUGAGCUGUAUACCAGCGGGAUCUACCACCACGUCUCUGGGAGCAUGGCUGGGGGCCACGCAGUGCGCAUGGUGGGCUGGGGUGUGGACAAGGGCGUGAAGUACUGGAAGAUCGCGAACUCCUGGAAUCCUUACUGGGGCGAGAAGGGCUUCUUCCGCAUCUUGCGGGGCACCAACGAGGGCGGCAUCGAGGAUCAGGUCGUGGGAUCCGCGGCCGACGCCACCUGGGGCCAGGGCAUGCAGCAGGAGAUCGUCGUCUGA